CCGGUUUCAUUUCUGUUUAACACGCUUGCAUUCCCAUGCAUACCUUUGCUUGACAGCUAAUGUCGAACCCUAAUACCGAGCUCGAGUUGAGCUGCCUAUCGGAAGGCAAGUUCUAUGUUCGUGAUAUUGCCAAAGUACGCUUCAUCGGCUGCUCCACGGUUGACCCGUUUGCCGACGGAUCCGGCUACUGCCCCCAACUGGACCUUCGACCCUCAAGUUUCUCAUCAGGCCAUUGUAACGAGAUUCGCAAGCAAAGAUGCGAUGACUCGGAUGAUGACAAAAACUGGUAUACUUGUCAAGCUUCGCCGCCUUUUCUUGAAUAUUGCCGAUCUAUCCCUUGCCAAUCAAUCACAUGUCAAACAGAGGAUAUCAUUCCUGCAAGGUUGAGUCACGACCAGACUGCUGCUCAAGCCUUGAUUGGAAUUACAUCAACUGCCUCAACGCCAACGUCAAACCCAUUACAGUCCUCAAACAAAAAUACCGGGGCUCAUUUGUCGACUGUCGCUAUCAUAAGAAUAGCCGUGAGUGGUGCCGUGGUCGUCUUAAUUCUUAUCGGGGUAUUGGCAUAUUAAUGUAGCUGAU